CUUACCUGUUAUUGAGGGGUGCAGCAAGAACUGAAAGAAAUUUAAUGAAGAAUAUAUAGAAGCUUUAUAUAGAAGACAGUAGUAUUCUGUUUACUGCAGAACAAAAGCAUGGAUAUCCUGUUUCAAACAAGCAUGAAAGUAGUAUAACCUUAUUUAUCUCACUACUCAGCAACAAUCACUCCUGACUGCACACAGGAGGCAGAUCUGCUGAGUGCAAAGGUGCUGUUUUUUAUGUUGCUAUUUAUCAGACCAGAACUGCUGCCUUUACUCUCAAAGCAUUUGUUUUAUUUUAUUUAUUUUGGAGAUCAGUACGGUUAUAGAAGGAGAGAAGUAUAAACCUAUUUGAGGGGAAAUAAUAUUCAGAAAAAGUGCUUCAAACCUGCUUAUUUUCUCCAUUAUCUUCAAUAUUUAACAGAUUGUUUCCCCUCAGUAAGUGACGAUAAGAAUGAAUGGGCAUAUAUCAAACACUCCUCCCGGUGGAUAUGGAAGUUAUUUUCCUCAAAUGAAUGGCUAUGGUUCACCAACGUUUACUCAGAAGGAGAGGGAGCAGAAUUCAAAAACAAGUGCAAAAGCUCUUUAUGAACAAAGAAAGAAUUAUGCACGAGACAGUGCCAGCAGCAUAUCCGAAACGUCGCAGUAUCACGUAGAGCACUUGACCACCUUUGUUCUGGACCGAAAAGAGGCAAUGAUUACAGUAGAUGAUGGACUAAGGAAGCUGAAAUUGCUGGAUGCCAAAGGCAAAGUGUGGACUCAAGAUAUGAUUCUUCAAGUGGAUGACAAAGCUGUCAGUUUGGUGGACUUGGAAUCAAAGAAUGAACUGGAGAAUUUUCCUUUAAGCACAAUUCAGCAUUGCCAAGCUGUGAUGAAUGCAUGCAAUUACAAUUCAAUUCUUGCAUUAGUAUGUAAAGAACCUACCCAGAACAAGCCUGAUUUGCAUCUUUUCCAAUGUGAUGAGAUUAAGGCUACCUUUAUUCAUGAAGAUAUUGAAAGUGCCAUCAGUGACAGCAAGAGUGGGAAACAGAAGAAGAGACUUGAGACUCUGAGGAUGAUAUCCAAAGCUGACAGUGCCAUCCCUCCACCACCACGGGCACCUGCCCCUGUGCCACCAGGGACCAUCACUCAGGUGGAUGUGAGAAGCCGCGUGGCGGCGUGGUCUGCGUGGGCUGCAGAGCAGGGGGAGUUUGAAAAACAUAGACAAUACCAUGAUCAUGAAGAAACAGCAGAGAUGAUAGCAGCCAGGAUUGACAGAGAUGUUCAAAUUCUGAACCAUAUUUUGGAUGACAUUGAGUAUUUUGUUACUAAACUUCAAAAAGCUGCUGAAGCUUUUGCUGAACUUUCAAAGAGGAAGAAAACUAAGAAAAGUAAAAAGAAAGGACCUGGAGAGGGAGUUCUUACUCUCCGUGCAAAACCACCACCUCCUGAUGAGUUUAUUGACUGCUUCCAAAAAUUCAAGCAUGGCUUCAAUCUUCUGGCCAAAUUAAAGUUCCAUAUCCAGAAUCCUAGUGCAGCCGAGCUGGUUCAUUUUCUCUUUACCCCAUUACACAUGGUGGUACAGACAACAGGAGGUCCAGAGCUUGCUGGUACAGUACUCAGCCCCCUCUUAUCUAAAGAUACUAUAGAUUUCUUGCGAUAUACUGUCACCAGUGAGGAGGGACAGUUAUGGAUGUCAUUGGGUGACACGUGGACCAAAGCAAGAGCGGACUGGCCCAAAGACCAAUUUAUUCCACCUUAUGUCCCCCGUUUCCGAAAUGGUUGGGAGCCUCCUUUGCUGAACUUCAUGGGAGCUCCAAAGGAGCAAGAACUCAAUCAGUUGGCUGAGUCUGUGGCAAAUGUUGCAGAGCAACAGAGGAAGCAAGAAAUGAAAAGACUGUCAUCUGAGCCUCCCAGUGUUCCCGACUACCCUCCAUCCGACGGGUAUGCAUUCAGUAACACGGUUUACAAAAGAGGGCCUCUGCUGGACCAGGGGGCGGCUGUUGCCGCCUUUAAGCAAACUGUUAGCCGACACGUAGAUAGAAACUAUGAAGCACACAGUAAAGCACAGACCAAGAAAUAUGCCAAAUGCAAGUAUGAAUUUAUGGCAAGAAACAACAGUGAGCUUUCUGUCAUGAAAGAAGAGAUUGUAGAGAUUCUGGAUGACAGAAAGCAGUGGUGGAAGGUUCAAAAUAAAAGUGGCAGCACAGGCUUUGUGCCAAACAACAUUUUGGACCCUCUGAGGAAUCAAGAAGGUGGUCUAGGAUGGUCCGAGCCUGCAUAUACCCGCACCAUCCAGAAGCAAAGGACGGACUAUGUUGUGAAACAACCUGAUCCGGUUCCUGCUACUCCUUCACCGCCUCCGACACCCGCACCAGUCCCUGUGGCUGUCCCACUCCCUCCUAGCGCACCAGCACCUAUACCAGUUCCUGUGCCCAAAGCACCGGCAACCAUCAGCCGCCAAAGCAGCACCUCUAGUGACAGUGGUGGUAGCGUUGCACGAGACACCCAGAGGCAGAAGCAAAUUCCUGUGGAUCGCAGGAAAUCGCAGAUGGAGGAGGUGCAGGAUGAACUUGUUCACCGGCUCACCAUUGGCCGAAGCGCUGCCCAGAGGAAGUUCCAGGUGCCACGGCCUAACGUUCCGGUAGUUAACAUCACUUAUGACUCUUCACCUGAGGAUGUGAGAGCAUGGUUACAGUCCAAAGGAUUCAAUCCUGUGACUGUCAACAGUCUUGGUGUGCUGACAGGUGCUCAGCUUUUCUCCCUCAAUAAAGAGGAACUGAGGACAGUUUGUCCGGAAGGGUCUAGAGUCUACAGCCAAAUUACGGUACAGAAAUCUGCCUUGGAGGCUAACAGUGGUAGUUCAGAACUGCAAGAAAUUAUGAGAAGACGACAAGAAAAGAUCAGUGCAGCUGCCACGGAUUCAGGUGUGGAGUCCUUUGAUGAAGGAAGCAGCCACUGAAUGUGUUUCCUCUUUUCUUUAAUUCCAUUGUCUGUAACAUUAUACCAUACAGCUUUGCUUUAGGAAGCAGUGAAGGAGAAUGUCUUACUACAUGUAAACGUAACUAGUCACCAUAAAGAAAAUUUACAGUGGUUUCCACAGAGGUACCUGCUGCUGUCUCUCAUGAUUAAAAAUGAACAAAUUAGAAAUUGAAUUGAGAUUCCUGACAGUUGAAAAUAUUGGCAUGUGAUUCAGUUACACCCAAAGAUGGGUCUUGGUUUUUAUGGAACUAACAUGACAGAUAAACUGGAACAUGUCUUGUGAUUAAUCUGAGGGAAGCUGAGCCAGAAAUAAAAAAGCAUUUGAACCCUCCAAUAAUAAAGAUUCUGAAUCUUACCUCUUGCUUUAGUGUGCAAUUAUGUCUUUUUGGCUCAGUCUUUUUUGUCAUGCAUUUGGCUGCAGGAUGUUUACUUAAGUUGUUGAUGACAGCAAUCAGAGAGGAAAUGUUUAGAGAAUGAGCAGCAGCCCAGCAUGGACUGAAUCUUUCAUCAUCAUUCCCGAGAAGUUUUAUUACUAAUGAUACUGUUUAUAGCAAAAUAAUAUUCUCUACAUUGAUUUUAUCAAUAAUUCACUCACGAUGAACUAUAAUAUUGCACAAGAAUAAAUAACGAGAAAAUAGUAACACAGCUCAGCUCAAAGAGGUGAUCAGAUCUGCUGUAGGUAGCCAUGAAACAAUUCACAGUACAUUUAUUUUUUUAAUAUACUUGCAUUUUUUUUUGUUUUGUUUGUAACUUAACCCAUCAAAAGAACAGUAUAUAAUCUAGACUUCUGUGUGUGUUGAUCCCAGAUGUCAGGUUUUCCUUAUGUAAAAAGCUAUUGUUCCUUAAUAAAUGUAAUCUUUUGGAAAAGUGGAUUCCUGGAAGCAAAAGGGGGGAAAAGUAAGCAUCCCUUCCAGCAAAACUUAUUUUUGAAGAUGCAAUGAUUUUUGUCUCAAAAUGUUCUGUUAUUUCACAGAUUUUGGUCAUGUGAUUUUAUAUAUAAUAUAUGUAUUAUAUAUAAUAUCACUUAAUUUAGACAAAAUUAAUCAUCUAGUUUGAAUAAGUUUCAUAGUGCCUUUUUCACAUGAAUCAGCUUAAAGUCUGCAAUAAACAGUAUUUCUUGUCUGUUAAAUAGUUGUAUGUUUGUGACUACGAAGAUGGUAUUGAAAUAAGAAAACAUUCCUGAUUUUUGCCAUUAGUUUGCUCUUCCUCUGUGUACAAGGGAAAAAAGAAUCCUAUUGGUUUUUCAUAAAAGAAAAAAUAAAAACUUAAUAAAGGUGUUUAGUGCCAUUUAUUGUAAAUGUCCUUACAAAUACUUCUUCUGUGUGUUAUGUGUAUAUGUGUAUUUUUACAUUAAAUAUCUAUUCAUUAUGCCUGUGAAGAGUAUACAGGUUCUACACCUGUCAUUUAAAUGUAGUCUUAUGGAGAACUGGGUCAAGAAGUGACAACCCCCUAACUGAAGACUCCAGUUGCCGUGCCAUUCAACAAGAAAUGGGUUCUUGUCUUACCUAAUGAAAGAAAUGCUGAUUCUUAAUUGUUUCUCCCUAUAGGAAACAUUUGAACCAGCACACCUGCAUGAUAACUGCAUCCAUUCAACCUAUAUACGUAGCUUUAGAGGGGAAAAUUGUCUGUCUUGCUGCCUCUCCUGUCAUUAAAGACUGAGCUCAGAUGUCCAAAGGCUUGAUGUGUUCUCUGAUGCGCAUUUAAAAUUUCCUCUUUUCCACUCUCGCUACAAAGUGUCCAUACCUAGCCUGAAGAGUGUUCACUGUACAGCAAAAUCCUCUGCACAAAGGAAGAUCUGAAGCUACUCUUACAUAGAUGCUUUGUUACUUUUAAGUACAGGAGCAUGAAACUUUUAAAAAGGUCUUUGAAACUUGUAUUUAAAAAUUUAGAAUCGCUGUCUUUUCUCAUGGAAAGUAUGUCUUAUUCCACAAAAGGCAUUGUGGUGGUUACCUGCACCUCUAUUCCCCUUUUAAUUACUAUGAUAUGAAGCCAAUGUUCAUAUUCUUUGCAAGCUUAUUCUAGCUUCAGCAUAUGCUUUACUAUUGCCCAGGAGGAGGCGGCAGCUCUGAGACUCUUCAGACUUUAUGGAGUUUGGCACAUGGAAGAAUUGGAGGAAGAACUCAUAGUUCGUCUCUGAGAGAAAAGAGGUGGCUUCACAACUGUUUUUUUAAAGUUACAUUUCUGUAUAGCUGUUAAGUUGUAUAGGAAGAGCCAGACAAGUUUAAACUUCGUCCAUGUGCUCAGAAGCAUUUUUGGACAUACAUGAGAGGAAAUCAGGAAACUCCUUUCAUAACAUGAAUGGAUAGGUAGAAAAAUCUGGGGGUUUGGGAGUUGGUUCCUUUGUUUGUUUCUGUGGUUUUUUCAUAGUUUUAAAAUUAACUGCUAAUGACUUAACAACCCAGUACAACUCCAGUUGUAUUUUACCCUUUAACUUGCUGAACUAGACUUUAUGAUUUCUGUGUUCCAGUCUGUGAAAUCUGAAUGGCAUUAAGGCAGAUAUUUCCCUUUUUGCUGGAAUUUCCUUGAUGGUUUAAAGCACUGCAGGGAGCUUCACCCCUUUGCUGCACGAUUUUUUAAUUUGCAGCUUGUUGGCAGUUACGAGAAAUCAAAAGGAGAUCUCAUGUGGGUUCCUUAAAUGAAAAUAAAUUUUUCUUCACAAUUUGCAGAGUCUCAAAUGAAAACAGUGGUAAAAAGCACUGUUUCAUUCAAAAUGUUUUCUUUAGGGUUCGAGCAGUGAGGAUUAUAUAUAUAUUUUUACACUAAUAUUUUAGAAAGAUGUGAUACAUGAAGAGUGUCUUUGAAAAAGAAAAGAACACCAUUUUUUAAAUGUAAAAAAAACUUCUUUAUGAGAUGUAGGAAAAGGAGUCCUGUUUGAUAACGUCGGAACUGCUUUACUACUUUGCUGCCAUUGAUUCUUGCUUUUUAACUGGGUGGAGGAAGAGAGCUUUAGCAGUGUUUAUUCACUCAGCAGUUUUAUGCUUUCUAAGCCCGUAACUUUCAACAGCAGCAAGGCAUUUCUUCCCAUCCCUUUAAUCUGCUUAUUCCCUUGGGACACCAUACGGAGAUAAAACAACCUCACAUUUAAUUAGUAAAGAACACUUCUAACCAUUGUUGAUGGCUGGAGCAGUUUACUUACCAUCUCGCAAUUCAAAUGUUAAACAAUGCUUUGCUCGGACAAAUGGGGAUCUUGAAGUGAGAUUUUCAUACAUACAUAUUUAUUGCUUCAAAACAUUGUGUUGUAUAGAAGUUGGUGGGUUUGGGGAGAGGAGGUAGGUGGGAAAUAAGUGCAGACUUCCACUCUAUUGGUAUCUGUAAAAAUCAGUGGUUUAUGAUGAAGUAGAUAUCCAAAAUGAUACGAUGUUCCAAAAUAUGUAGAGCUCCCAAUAACUUUGAGUGUAUUCAUUAGUGUUUGUGAAACUCUGAAAUUGUCCCUGGACAGAAACAUAAGUACUUUGCUAAUUCAACUAAGGGAACAAACACAAUAAUGGCAAUACCUAUAUGAUGUGCAUUAAAUCUUUCUAAUUAGGAAAUCUGUAACUAGCAGAAUUUCUGGUUUAUUUUUAUUGUGGAAAGUGAAGGCAUUUUGAGUUUUUAGGGCAUAUGAAGAAGCAAGAUAAAGCUUGAAGAGAAGAUGUUUGUUUGUAUUUCUACUCAUUUUCCUGGGCUGCAUCUCAUGCAUAAGGGAAACAUGAUUAUGAAUGGCAGCCCCUGUUUCCGGACAAGCUACCAUUUUAUAAAAGCCCAGUUUUUCUAUCACAUUUUUCCUCAAUUGUGAGUUCUGUGGAGUGUCUAUAACAUGAAAAAAGCAAACCUGUCUAGGGACUGAGUCUGAUGGAUCAAGAAUAUAUGAGGGAAUUUUUCUGUGCUCAGUCUCCCACCUUUGCAUACGCACAACAGCAUUAUGUAUGGGAAGUACAAACAUGAGGCAAUUUGCAAUUUUUAAGUGUGCACUGGGUUCUGUGUUUAAAUAUUUCGCAAACGCAUUGAACUUUUACUGCUGCUAUGUUAAGUUUUAGCUAAUAAGUGUCCUUUUAUCUGUCCUUGGCUCUUCAGUAUCUUUCUUUUGUUUCUCUGAAGUUAAUGUGCUCGGGUUACAAGUUUGGCCUUUUACUGCUUCAACAGCAUCCAGACGAAAACCAGUAUCAGGAUAUUAGUCUGUGCUUCUACUUCUUGAUAAUAUUUAUAGAUUAAAAGUGAAGGAGAUAAAAGAAAAUGAGAGUUCCUAGAUGCUUCCUGGCUACCACUGCGGCUGGUCGCAGCAGCAGCAGCAAAGCUUAAACUUCCCCUGCUCCCAUCUCUUUCAACAGCACUAACAAUGUUACCCUCUCACAAGAAAUGGCUGAAAGCAACAGCUUUUCCCUGCCUGAAUGAAACUACUGUUUUCACACAAGCUCUCUAAAAAGUUAGAAGUGGGAAGGAGGUGGUGUGAUGCUGUGGUUAAUGAACUGAACAAGGAGGGAGGGAAGUGCCAUUUUUAGUGCGUAAAAUUAUGAUGCUGGAUAACAAGGGACAGCUUUGUCUUCUUUAAGUGCAGGGAGAAAACCUGUAAAAUUAAGUAAAACACAAGUAAGGCUUCUCAACUUGUUCUUAAUCCUUGUGUGAGAAUGGAUAGAAACAGUUCUGAAGAUCCGAGUAUGUCAGAGCUCAAUGCACAGGGCAGGCUAGGAGACACAACACUUUCGCACAUGGCCCUAAAAACUUCUUGGCUCUUCUACAGCAUGUCCUUAGAUUUAUUUGUUUGGUUUUUUUAUCAUGGCAGCAUGCGCAGCAUGAGGCAACACAGAGAAAACCUGCCCUGGUUUCAAUUAACAGUCACUCACUGCAUAGAGCUGCUUUUACAUGCAUCUGGGUCAGUAGAUUCUGUAAAAGCAGCAGAUCAAUAGACAGCAUGUAUGGUGUCAGCAGAGCUAUAGCCAUAAUCAAAGAACCACCCCUAUUACAAAACCUGAAGCUUAGACAGCUUUACAGCUAGGAUGACUUGAGAGUUUUAUUUUGACCGAUGCUGGAAAACAUAUCAACAUGCAGCAGGAGUCCGAAACAUUGUUUGUUCAGACUUGCUUUCAAGGAGCAUGACAAGGGAAAACCAAAAGCAUGACAUGUUGAUUCAGGCUAAAAGGCUCCACAUAAGUCUUCUAACCACAAUGUCUCCUAUUAGAAUGUCAUUGCUCUAUUUACGUCUUGAAGUCAGGAAGAGGUGAUUUCUCCUGCCAUCCCAGCACACCCACUUAUGCAGUUUUGCAUACUCUAUGGGUAUUUUUUCUGAGGGAGUUUUCAUUAUAAUUGAUUUUGUGAUUAAGUGGCUAUUAAAGAAAAAUAGCACCUAUUACUGUGCAAAUAGAACAUUUUUUUUACAUGCAUUCAAAAACUGUUGAGUAAAUUCAGGCUAUUCAGGCAGUAUCGUUUGCAACAAUGUGAUUUUGGCAUCUUUGCAGCAAUCUUGUACCCUGUCACAUUCAGCCAAGCUUCUGUUACAGCCAGCUCACACUGUGGUAUUUUGUGUGCACAUAAAUGUUUUAAAAGUAACCUGCUUACUCUGGUCUACCAUACAGAAGAAAGGUAGACUGGACGAGCAAUGGCCAGCAGGAGGGAGGAGGCUGUAGAUGGAAAGCAAGAACACUUGUGUUUUCUUCUUUUUUUCUUCCCCUCUGCUAGUUCUCUAGAGAGAUUUGAACUAUUUUUUAAACAUUUAAUGAAACUCUGAAAUUCAUUUUUUUUUUUAAAAAAGCAUGAAGGCAAUGUCUGAAUGGUCAAGUGCUCAUUUAUAAUUCUCUCUUCUGUUCUGUUGAAAUGAGGCCAGAUGAAUCUUUGCUGUUCCUACUGAAAUGGCAACUUCCCGCUGAGGCGCACAGGUGAAAUAAGAAAGAAACAUGUACCAUCAAAACGUUUCUUGUUAGCAGUCUGCUCCCUGAUGGCAGGGCACUCUGCCCUUUUGCAUCCAUCUCUAUAUGUCUUCUUUAGAGAAAUGGCAUCUCUGCUUUAGGUCUGGACAUAGUGGAAAUGGUGGAAGUAAUAUUAGAUGCACAGAAAGAGAAGGCAGAGGGAGAUUAUGUUGUCUAUGCAAUUUUGCAUUAUAUAGAUGGGACAGUUUGAAGGAAAUUUUCCAUGAUGACAAAAUAGAUAGUAAAGGAAUAUAAACCUAUUUACCUGCUUGUGGAAUAAUUCUUUGGAAGAAAAAAAUCCAAAUACUAUCUGAAGGAGGUUAUCAGGCUCCUGGAAGUAGCUACACCCUGGUACCCUCAUGACAGUUAGGCAUUAGCAGGCCACAGGGUGAAUAAAAAGCAUACGCCAGUGUGUUUGCUAUUGUGCUGAUAGUGAAUUCUUCACAGGUAAGCAAUCCAGUGUGUUUACUUUCAGUUCAGGUUUGUUUUGUUUACAUUGAGUACCAUUGCUGCUAACUUCCAAUGAGGUGACACAAAAGCAACAGGUUACAAAAAUGCCAUCAACAUCCAUUCUGACAGCAUCCAUGUCACAAUACACAAUGAUGUACUGGAAUUAUACAAAGACGAAAAAAAUAUAUAUAGCUAAUUAUUCUGAAUAGAACUGAAACUGACAGUGAAAAAGAAAAGAACCCCCUGCCUUGACCCCAAAGUCCCUGCAGGAAUCCAUACCGAUGCUUUGGCAGCCUUGUGGCAAUAAAGUGAUAAACAGCCCUUCACAUGCCAAAACCUUAUUUUUUUUGUAAUAUCAUGAAUUCCUGGCUUGGAGAAAUAUUUGCAUCUGUUAAAGCACUUUUUCUUUCCACA